UGUGUUUUUAACAGCAUGAUAGUGAGGAGUGAUUUUAACCAAUAUACGUUUUACCAAAAUUUCUGUCAACAUUUCCUGAUGUUAUGUCGAGUCCUUGUCAAUUUUCUGAAACGGAAACGUUCGUUGUUAAAAUUAAAAAAAUUCGUAUUAUCGUGUUCGAUUAUAAAAAAAUAAUAAUCGGCCUUUUUUACCAUUUUCGUGUCUCUUUACGUUAGUAAAAUGCUUCGCGGUGUUCACCAACGGUAACACCAUAGGAACGCGUGAGAAAAAGCUUGUUACAUCAGGUUUGACAAUAGGUUCGUAUGAUUCAAUUCUAGUCCUGACAAUGAGUCACGUAAACGCUACAAUACGGAAAAUAUUUGUAGAAAAGCAAUGAGACGUUGUACGGGUUAUUACAGUCCAGCUAGUAUAGUUAGACGCUAGGAAGCCACAUAUACUAGACUUCUAUUAUUACACUGGGUCGCUGGCUUAGACUCAGUCGGUGUUGGCUCCCUGAACCGUGAGAACGGCUCGUCGAACACCUGAGAACGCGUUCGCCGGCGAUUCGUGCCGCACUCAGUCGUCUUCGAGAGCGUCGAACCGCUCGUGCUCGCUGUUCGCGAUUUCCUCUUCGAAUUCCAGCCCUUCGACAACUGUACGCGUAAAUCUAUUGGAUAAUCAUCGCCACGAUGCCCUACUACGGAGACAGUUUGUCCUAUUACUAUGGGGGACCUUUCUCUAAUCACAGUUCAUUGAUGACCGGUGCUCCACGACCGCUCCAUUCGCCGCUGUCACGAUACUCGCCACAUCUGUCGACCAUCUCCGAGUCCCCACUGUCCACUCUGCGUCGUUAUUCUCCCGCGUCAGUGCCCAGCCGGCCUAGACGCGUCAUCGACACCGCGGACAUCGACGUCUCGACACCCAGGACCCUGACUCAGGAGAGUAGCCAUCAAAGAAAUCGUCUACGUCGUGACAGACCCACGAUCAAAAUCAGAAGCCAAGCCUUGAAAGAUAAUCCUGCUCUGAGACAACAUAACGAAAGGCAUGAGAAGUCUGUGGGUGAAUUAUUGGUUGAGAAGUUCUUGAUCAAGGACAAGAAACUCGACGAGGCGGAGAAACGUUUGCAGUUGUUCCAUCAAGUCAGUUUGGAAACGGAAGAAGACGAAGAGGGUCAAGAUCUGCAACAGAUAAAGAAUAAAAUUACUAGAAGAUUCACGAGGAGAAGAUCUUCGACGGAUAUACAGUUGGAUCCUGAACAGAUAGAAAGAGAGGUAACUUACGCUCAAGUUCAGGCAAAGGUAUUGGAUACUCUGGUUGCUGAAGAGCAAGCUGAGAUCGAGAACGAGGUUCGUAGAGGCACUUUGAUUAAGAAAGGGGCUCCUGGAGGACCAAGGACGAUUCCUAUCUUCUGCAGAAGCGUUGAUGGAGAGCCUGGGUCCCAAGAUGAGGAGGAAGCUACGUCGCAGAAGGUAAGGAAAACCUUAAAAAAGGUGAAAAAGAAAAAGAAAACUACCGAAAAGCCGUCACCGCCUGAGGCAGGUGAAAAUUUAAGGGAACGUACGCCUAGUACCUCCAGCGAUGCCUCUGCGGAUGUCCAAACAAGCGAGAAUGACGAGGAAAAAGUUCGAAAGCGCUCGAGGCCGCAGAUGUUCAAGGUCGAAGCCAGCAACAGUGUCGGAGACUUUUCUACCAUUUGGGUGAACAGUAGUCCCGUGGAACAGUUCAGGGAAAGCGUGAAAAUUCCCGUCCCUAAAAAAUUACUUACACGGAAGACGGACAGGCGCGAGGUUGAAGAAGAAUCUGAAACGGAAAUCGUGUUACCCGUGAAGAAACCCUAUAUAAAGGAUACUUCGAGAAACAGCGUGUAUUUCACGGUGAAGACGCCUCCGGAGACUGUAAAAACUGAUCCUCUGAAGAAAUUAGAAACUAUUACCAAUGGAAUGAAACCAGAAAAAACGUCAGAGUUUCUUACAGAAAAAAAAAUUAAUCAGAUCUUACCUGUAGAUGUGACAGAAGAGGCUAAGAAAACGCCAGAGUAUUCCAAAGAAAAAAUACUUGGUCAGAUCUCAUCUGAAAAUGUCAAAGAAGAGAAUAAGAAUACGAACCAAAAGACAUCCUCCAAGGAUAAAAUGUUCCCAAAAGAGAAGAAAGAAGUAAUACGGAAGAAAGCCAUUGAAAUUCCCAAGCAGAAGAAAUUAGAAUUUCUAGAUAAAAAGGUUCCAGAGUUUCCAGUGUCCUCUGUCGUCUCUGUUGCGAAGAAGGAGGAAUUAGCAGACCCCAAGAUCUACGACGAUCCCAUGACCACAAGGGUUGACGAGAGCAACGUGACGUUAAGUGUCGAGCCGUUGGCGAGCGAGAGCAGCGCCAACGAAGCGCUUCCAUCGGCUGCGGACGGGCUGCCAAAAGCGUCUAAAAUUAAUACGGAUGAAAAUAAUGCCGUAGAAGCGCCAAAGUGUACGUUACGAGAACGGCAGUACCUGGCAAAACCGACGAAAGCCGAACGCGACGAAGACGUCGUAUCUUCGGGAAAGAAGGUGAACAAAGCUGUGACCUUGAAGAACGCCUCCAAAGUAGGUGUUUCUACCGAGGAGUCGAACGUAGAUCAUCUUGGACAGUCGUUGAAAGAAGAUAAUCUAUUAACGAAGGCUUCCUCUUCCCUUGAUGAUGCAAAUAAUAACCUCGUGAUUAAAACGACCUUGUCAGAGGGUCUCAAAGGUGACACGCAAAAAGCAGAAGGUUCGGGAAAAGUCGCUGAAAAGAUAGGAAAACAUGUAAUAGAGGAUGACAAGGAUAACAAGGUGAAUGGGCCGAGUGUUGAAAAGAUGGUAAAGAAAGGUGUCGAAGAAGUUUCAAGAUUGCCCUUCAAGGUGCCAACGAAGAAGACUGAGAGUAACAGAAUAGAAAAUAAAGCGGAGGCAAAAGCCAAUCUGCAGAGUGUAACAAAGACUGAGACGCAAACAAACAAAGAGCCCAAGAUCCCGUGGAGAACUAAACUUUCCAAGGUCGAUACUCCUGGCGAGAGCAGUGUUGCUUUAGACAGAAGUAUCAGCGUGGAUUCUACGCCUGUUUCAACCAAAGAACAGAUAGAUCCAAAUGCUUUAAAACAGUCUAUAUCCGUCGACGAAAAUUUGAUGACCAAAAUGCCUUUACAGAAACCAGCGAUAGUCGGAGAGGUUGGAAGCUUGUCUAAAAGCACGUCCACGGAAUCUAUAGAUUUCUGGAGCGAGAUUAAGGGACCGGAGAGUCCUAAAGUGACGAAAGUGACUAACAAGGGAUUCAAUUUCGCUGGUUUCAAGAGUUCGGAGUCAGGUCAGGCGGUCGAGGACCUCGGCAGCGGGCAGCUGGACAAGAAAAAAGAGACUGAUCCUAAAAUAAGCGUCGCCACUCCGCCAGCCGAGUUCAGUAAUAUCGCCGUAAUCGAGGAGGAGCGAAAGACCGAGGAGAAGUCGUCGAAAUUCAAGACUGAACAGACAAUACCCAGCACUGGAACGCUUUCAACUACUUCGGAGAAGUCAGACUUUGAUAAAGGUGAUUCCACUCCCAAGAAAGGAUUAAAGAAGAAGAAGAACCUAUCUAUAACGAUCGACCAAGAUGCGUACUCGACCGUAAAAAAGGCUCCUUCCAAGAGAGAAGACUCUUGGUCAUCGACUAUUUCUAUUAAAUCCAUGACGAAUUCUCCUGAUACCACUGUUCCGGCUUCCGAAGUCUCCACACCGACCGCUGAGAUUCCUGUGCCUGUGAUAAACAUCGAGGAAACACCCACCCCGACUAGAUGCGGUUCUCAGGUUCUGUAUGAAGAGGACGAGCCCAAGACACCGACCAACGAAUACCAAGAGAUCGAAAUAUCGACGAUUUCCAAGUGGAACAAUCGCAGUGACCUUUCUAACGUCAACGAAGAGAAAGAUAUUAUUUCAGUGGCCUCCAAGGAAGCCAACGCGAUUUGCAGUCCGGAAGAUACUCCAGAGUCCUCUAAAAAGAAGAAGGUGGUUAGAAAAAAGAAAUCUUCUACGAUCAAGAAAAGUUCUACUAAGAAAGAGAGUAGUAAAGACAACAAGGGAUCCAAGAAGAGUUCUACCAAGAAAAGUUCUGCCAAGAGUCAGGAAGUCUUGAAAACUUCAGAAGUAAAGAAUUCCGCUAAAACUAAUCCCAAAAAUAAUACACCUACUCAGAAACCCAUAGAUCUCAUUAGGAUGUUUUACACGACUCCAUCGGCGUUGUUAACUGCUACACCCAGAGACUUGUCUAAAGUUCGUCGAGCCAAGAUUAAGAGGAAAAAGCAUCACUCCAGGACGCCAUCUGUGAGCAGUGACAGUACCGGAAGUACCACUAGUACGGCAACCACGGAAAGCAGUGGAUCCACAUGUACGGAUGAUGACCCGGAGCACAAGAGGAUGAAUUCCACCAGGAGUAACGACUCCGGCUUCGACGGUUCGCCAAGGAUAUCGACACCUUCGCAGUCGUCGGACAACCAGAGGAACUCGGACUCUUCAGACCAUUUCCCUAGUGGAAGAAUUACGCCACCGGCCACCAAUCUUCCAAGGUUCAAGAAGUACACUGUGACGGAUUUCAAUUUCUUAAAAGUCCUAGGAAAAGGCAGUUUUGGCAAAGUGUUGUUAGCCGAACUCCGAGGCACUGAGUGUGUAUACGCAGUAAAGUGCCUGAAGAAGGACGUAGUUCUUGAAGACGACGACGUAGAAUGUACCUUGAUCGAAAGAAAAGUCCUGACUCUAGCUACGAGGCACCCAUACCUCUGUCACCUGUUUUGCACCUUUCAGACAGAUUCCCAUUUGUUCUUCGUAAUGGAAUACCUGAACGGCGGCGACUUGAUGUUUCAUAUUCAAAAGUCGGGUCGUUUCCCAGAACCAAGAGCUAGAUUCUACGCGGCUGAGAUUUGGUCUGGCUUAAAUUUCUUGCACAAGAAAGGAAUAGUGUACAGAGACUUGAAAUUAGACAAUGUGCUGCUUGAUUUCGACGGACAUAUUAGGAUAGCUGAUUUUGGCAUGUGUAAGCUGCAAAUUUUCCUCGACAGAACCGCCGACACCUUCUGUGGAACGCCUGAUUACAUGGCUCCCGAGAUCAUAAAGGGACUGAAAUACAAUCAGGCGGUGGACUGGUGGUCGUACGGCGUGCUUCUGUACGAGAUGCUCACGGGACAGUCGCCAUUCUCCGGCUGCGACGAGGAUGAGCUAUUUUGGAGUAUAUGCAACGAAAGACCGUUUAUACCUCGUUACCUGAGCCAAGAUUCCAGCGACAUAUUGAUCGCCCUUCUGGAAAAAGACUCUGGGAAAAGGCUUCCUGGUCACGAAAUUGCGCUGCACUCUUUCUUCCAACAAUUGCCAUGGGAUAGAUUAGAAAGGAGGCAACUGGAACCACCUUUCAAGCCAGCCCUGGAGCAUACUUUAGAUACCAAGUACUUUGACACAGCAUUCACUGCUGAAAAACCACGACUGACUCCUGUACCUGAACAGAUCCUCACCUCCAUGGACCAGGGCGUCUUCCGUGGGUUUUCCUAUACAAACCCAAAUGCAACAGACUGAAGAAACUAUCAGAGACGUGCCACGACUUCACAGAUUUGCACGUUGGCGGUAUUCAACGUGGUGUUCUUGUCUUGCGAUAUUAACGGUCCUGAUGAUCAUUCGAAAGUUGAUUCGAACGAAAGAAGAGGCACUUGCACUCGUUUCUUGGCAAACGGAGGAAACCGAAUGUUACUUUGGAGUCUAUCAGGAUAGACAAUUGACUGAGUCUCGAUGAAAUCAUCGAGGAUGACGGCAUUCGUCCGGGGAAGAUAUUCUAUGAGCGGUUCUAGCAAGGGUCAAUAUCUCUGAAUCGCUCUCGAUGAUAAAUGCUAGGUUUUUAUAACGUAGAGGCCGCAUCGCGUUUAUAGGACACAUAGAUUAGCCAUUCGUGGAACUUAAACGAGGUUCUAGUGUUUACAGAGUCAAGCUCGGCCGCGAGAAAACCGAUUCGUUCAAUUGGAUGUUACGUUUCGUUUUUUAAAGCGUUCUUUCCAAACAAAAAUCGCGAUUGGCCGAAAGUUCUACCGACGUUGGCUACAAAUGACAUUUCAAAUAAAAUAACAGACAACGUGCCUUAAAUUAUAAUUAACGUGAUGAGUAGCAAAAUAUUUUAGAAAGAAGAUAUCACGAUCAGAUAACCGGAAGAUGCUCGCAGACCUCUAAUUGCACCGCGUUCCAGCGUUUAUUCUAAACCUCUAGCGUUACACCGCGGUCAGGUUAUUAAUACUCCGAGUGGCUCAUUACUUUGGCCACGAUAAAUACUGUCUCGAGCGUCUUCCACCCACAGACGACUGCUCUCGCUCUUCCUGUCUUCCCUUUUUUUUUCUUUCAUAAAAGGACCGCGUUUUCUUUUCGUUUUCGUCGUUCUUCGCCACCUUUACUUCAUUUUCUUUCACGAAUCCUACACCUUUCGUGUCUCCUUCCCUUUUUCCAUUUUUCCUCCACUCAUCUUUUUUUUCUAUUUCUAUCCUGUCUACCGUCCACGCCUAUCUUUCUCUUCUCCAUACGUUUUCUCGUGUUUCUUCUCGCUUUUCGGGUCGCACACUUGGCUCCGCACUGACUAUACGCUAACUUUAGCACACGGUAGAAUUGGCAAAGCACCACGAUUCGGCAACGAAGUCGAGACACGUUGAAGAAGACUCCAGGACACUUCGCAUGGAUGUCUGAAAUACUAUCAAUUUAAUUCUAAGAUACUUGUCGACGUAAUUCAACAAGGAAGAUCGAUUCUGACAUAAUACUUAAUAGAUUUCGCUAAUCUUUAAAUUGUGAUAAUCAUGAAAAUGAUAUAGAGAGAGCCUAGAGUUAGGUAGAGGUCGAUAGCAAAAGAAAUGGAGAAAAAGCAUUGACUGAUACACCCAUUAGCCGGCUAAUUGAUUCAAUUGGAUCAUUCCGACACGGAUGGUGAGUUAAGCGGUCGCACUUAAUAAUUAAUUACUCCCUAAAGAACGUGGACAUUGCUAUCUUUCAUUGAAACUUAAAAUAAACUCGAAAGUCUGUUCUUA